AUGCUGCUCAAUUGCCUGGUAUCCAGCUCAGAACAAUACGUGGAUGAUAGUUGGAAGAAGGACACCGGAGAACUACAAUGGGGCUGGCUACGUUUCCAGAUUGGCAUCACAGACUUACUCAUGCGAACGAAGCCAUUCCACCCACAAAGCAUUUGGCUACCCAUGUUUCUUUCCUCAAAGCAACACCUGGUUAUCGGUGAUCCUUGCAACGACCUUGAUCGCCAACUCGCCGACUUCUGCGGUAUCAACGAAGAUAGCACGGCGGAGGACAACCCAUGCUUCGAUUUCUGGGAACAAUUGGCGCCUCUCGUAACACGUGUCCCCGGACCUCAGUACAUGCGGUGGUAUGUUGAGGCUGUCGUCAUGGACCCGGACGAUACCGAGCUCUCCGAGGAGCUGAGGCAGAAGGCCAUGAGCGCCGGCCGCACCGUAUCUCGCGACGCGGUGGAGGAUCGCGGCCAGUACUUCACUUUCUUCGUCCCCACCGGCUUGCAGAACCCUCUCGAUCAGUGCAAGGGAAAGUGGCAAUCAGCGAGCAUGAACGGCAGGGGAAUGCUGCGGCUGCGGAGGGCAUUGGUAUCGUCUGGGACAGAAUCCUGGGAAGAGCACGGCAAGAUGCGGGAUAACGGGCAAACGUUUGUCUAG